AUGAGACGCCUCUUAGGCAUACACAAUGACAGUGGUGGAGGGAAAUAUCUUGGUAUCCAUGAGCAAUUUGGAAGGAAGAAAGCUGAGAUUCUGAAGUAUAUCACUGAAAAAGUCAAAGCAAAAACACAAGGAUGGCAAAAUAAAUUCCUAUCUCCAGGUGGUAAAGAAGUACUCAUUAAAUCUGUGGCUUCGGGGACUCAUGUAUACCCUAUGAAUACUUUCAAAUUGCCAAAGAGUGUCUGUGAUGACAUUAAUAAUAUCUUGGCAAAGUUCUGGUGGGGAAAGGAUGAUGGCAGUAAAGGAAUGCAUUGGUUUGCUUGGGAUAGAAUGAGUCUACCAAAAAAAGAAGGAGGAAUGGGAUUCGGAGACAUUGAAAAAUUCAAUGAUCCUUUACUUGGGAACCAAGUUUGGCAUAUCCUAACCAAACCAAACAGUUUGAUGGCUCGUGUUCUCAAAAGGAGAUAUUUCCCAACAUCUUCUAUUCUUACUGCACGGGAAACAAAACAGAGCUCUUAUAUUUGGAAAUCAUUAAUACACGGGAGAGAUUUGAGAACAAAAGGAGUUCGUUUUAUUAUUGGUAGUGGCAACAUGAUUAAUACUUGGAAUGAUCCUUGGUUACCAACUACACCCCCAAGGCCACCAGCACCACUCUCUUAUCAAAGUGGAAACGGAAAGGUCUCAGAUUUUAUACGUCAAGAUCAAAAGGAAUGGAAUGAGGAACUAGUUCGCAAUACAAUGAACCAUGAUGAUGCGGAAGAAAUACUUGCCAUUAAGUUGUGUUCAUCAUCUGAAGCUGAUCAACUAGUCUGGCACUACAACAAAACGGGGGAUUAUACCGUCAAAUCAGGAUAUUGGCUCUGCUACACAUACUCCGGGUAA